AUGGUUAUGCUGGGUUUUUUGAUGAUGCUGAUCAUUGAGCAGGUUGCUUUGAGUUGCUGUAGUGCUCAAUUAAAUGCGAAAACAUCACCUGCUGGUGUCAAUGCUCCACCAUCACUGCGAUCGCUGCUAGAAGGAGAAGCGGAAGACGGUCAACCGCUUGUGGACACGACUCUCGAUGAUCACGACGAUGGAAUGCAGGACAUAGUGUUCAGAUCGGCAUCUCCUGUCGAACACUCUUCUCAUAGUCGGAUGCUUCACGCUUCACCUCCACAAGAGGGAAUAUCGGCACGGACGCUGUUCUUAUUAUUCGGUCUAUCCACUCAUUCCCUCUUCGAAGGAGUUGCAUUGGGAGUCCAGCAUGAAAAGCGCGAGUUCAUGAAUUUGGUAUUUGCUAUAAUGAUCCACGAGGUCCUUUGCUGCAUGGCUUAUGGUAUAGCAAUGGCUCAACAGUUUACUCCCCUACGCCCAGCAUUCUUCACGGCAGUGAUUCUGGCGAGUAGCAUACCAACUGGGAUGGUGGGAGCUACUUUGGUAAGUCUAACACAGCGACGAGUUGUACAUAAUGGUUAUUACCAUAUAUGCAUUUAUUCUUCGAAACUUUAUUGUGAAUGGUCCUUUAUUAUCCUGUUUCUUCCAUCAGGUCUUUGAAA